GCUGGCUGGGCUACUACUGGGGCCUGCUCCUCAGCAGCCUUCCCGCUAGUCAUAGUUGUAUGCCGUCUAGAUGGAUGGCUCAUUCCUCCUUCUCUUCUGAUCACUUUAUAGGUGUGGAUCUACUGGGCGUGGCUAGAGCUAUUUUGGGCGGGGCUAAAAUCAUGAGCACUUGCAAAAAUAAAGUCCUCACUUUGGUAUUUGUUUUAAGGCCAGGGGAAGUUCUUUUGGGUUAUAAAAAGAGAGGGUUUGCUCAAGGAUGGUGGAAUGGGUUUGGAGGUAAAGUUGAGGCUGGAGAAACCAUUGAAGAAGGAGCCAAAAGAGAGUUACAUGAAGAAAGUGGUCUAUCUGUCAGCAAUGAAUUGGAUCAUGUUGGAGUACUAAUGUUUGAAUUUGUCAAUGAUCCUGUGCUACUAGAAGUACACGUGUAUCGCACGUACUCUUAUACAGGAACUCCCAUAGAAACGGAAGAAAUGAAGCCACAAUGGUUCAAGCAUCAAGAUAUACCAUACAAGGACAUGUGGCCAGAUGAUAAACUAUGGUACAGUUUAAUGUUAAAUGGCAAAUACUUUAACGGGAACUUUAAAUUUGAGGGACUAACUAAUUUGCUAGAGUACGAAAUUAACGAAAUAACUAAAUGAUUGUGCUGGGCCAUCCCCUUGGUCCACUCCAUCUUCUCCAGUGUUGACAAUUGUCACACUACAUAUGAAAUGAUUAUAUUUAUUAUUAAUUAUUAUUAUCAUUUG